GAAGGUCUUUAAAACAGAAUAAUAUCACUGUGCUACAGCUACACUUGACUUUGGUUCUUCUUCAGGUCGCAGGAGGAGGAGCUGCUUUGUGUUCCUGAGCUGAUCAUCGACUGAAUAUGGACAAAGACGAACUCGAACUCAUCAUGGCUCUGAGAGCCAUGGCUUUUUUAGAGGCGAUGGAAAUGCAAGCAGAAAUUCUGAAAAGGCUGGCUGCUGCAUGUCGCCCUGAAAGUCCCAGGAGCUCUGCUGAAAGGAAAAGAUUAAUAAAACUUGCAAUAGAGAACUGCAAAGACGAAACUGUCCUGCAGUGGCUGAGAGAAAAUUCAGAGUCUGGCACCUUCAGAAAACUCUCAGACAUGUUUGAUUUUCUGAAAAGUAAAAUUGAUGAGGAAGAAAAGAAGAACCAUGAUGACACUGUUGACAUAAUCUUUGUGGCACAUGGAGCAAUCACAGACUCCAUGAUCCCAGCCAAGUGUUUGCUGCCUCUGCCCACCAUCACUGACCUGGUCCUGUACUCUCCCUGGAACUGUGCCACCACACCUGAAGUGACCUAUGGCAUUGCAACAGGGAAAAUGAGGCCAGAGCACAGGAUUUUUUUCCGUGAUCUUCCACUACCGUUUUUUUUCCAUAGUAUAACUGUUGUUUACAAACAGCAACCCCCGAACCUGCCAGACUGCUGGAACUCACUGAAGAAAGUGGGAGGACGCAUGAUCCCAAAUAUCAGUGUUAGCCCUCUGCAGCCACAUGACGGUGUGUGGGAAAGAUUUAAGUCUCUCUCAACAAAAUAUGGCCCACCAGGAAGAAACCACAUCGUCAUCCCGUUCAUCCUCCCAGGAGAGAGUGAAAGUGUCCCGUUCUCUGCCAUUGCCUUGGCUCUGUCCCUGGUGCUCCUCUCUUCCAGGUUUAAAGCCACCGUGCACCUUGAUACCUGUCUGAGUGAUAAGUCUACAGGACGGGAAUCUGACAGGAAGUAUCUGCAGGAGCAGUACUACUGCACUGAAGACAACACUGUGAUGACAUGUUCACCAGAUGCCUUCGAUGUGAACUGCUGUUCCGGAAACAUCAAACUAUAA